AUGUCAGGCCCCGUUCUCCAUUCAAAAUUCGACUCCAAAAAUGCUCAUCUAGCGUCAGUCAUACUAUCAUUAGACACGCACCAAGUGCAAGUUAAAUCAGUUCACCCUUCACAAGCAUCACUCAAUACCUCAUUCAACCUUGAUAAAUCCAAUAAAGUUUCCAACUUGAGCUGGAUCUCCACCUCACAGGACUCUGUUGAACUCUUGGCAUUGUGUUUAGAAAACGGGGGUAUAUUGGUAUACUCGCCAUAUACAAAUGGGGUCAUUUCAGAACUAACCACUUCGGCCAAUGUUGCAGUGUUGGAUUUUUACUACUCCAAAGUGACCAAAACUGGUUGGUCUUGUGAUGUACAGGGCAGCAUUUAUGAAUGGGACGUCAUACUGUUCCGCUUGUUGCGUACAUUCAAAAUAAGUGAGAUUGUUGAGUCAGUUGAAUCAAUAAACAGGAUAUCCAGUUGCAUGUACAAUUCAGAGCCUCAUUUGUUAUUAGCUUCCAAUUCUAUCUAUUUGUUCAACAUCAAAGCUAAACAAAUAAGCAGAACAUUUCCAGGACAUAUCCAACCUAUAAGCAGCAUCAUCUCCUUAGGUAAUGAUAUGUUUAUAACCAGUGCCAAAGGUGAUCGAUUUAUGAAUUUAUACGACUUGAACAAGAGCACAACCAAGGCUAUAUUUGUUGCCCAGGCAGCUGUUACAAGCUUGGCAAUUGGGACCUGUCAGAAUGAUUCAGUGUUGGCAGCAAUAGUGGAAACCGGAAGUGUCGAAGUGUUUAAUGGACCACUCUCGGAUUCCAAUGCCACACCAACUACACCGUCGAGAAAGAAGAGAAAGCAAGUUGGUGCAGUCACACACUCGUCAAACUCCACUGUAAAAUUAUCCCGAUCUCCAAAUGAGUACAAAAAUCCACAAGACGCCAAUCUUGUUAUUAACGCAAUAAACAUUCAGGACGAUUCGUUGCUAUUCACGUGGAUGGAAACAGGCACUAUACCUUUUUUUGAUUCAAUUAAAUGGACAGAGUCAGGAAGCUACUUGCUCGAUACAAGCAAAACUAUAUUCAAGAACAAAGCUGAUUUGAAACCAAGCCAAAGCUCAUCUGUAUACGGUCAUGACGUGGCAGCCUCCAAACUCUACAACGAGAGCCACGCUAUCGUCAAUGACGGAUCAAAUUUGGGAGAUUUGGAGGAUCAAUCAGAUGAUGAGACGUUGGCAGAAAAGUUUGAUAAACUAGCCAUGAAUAAACAACAACCGCAACGUAAAAAGAAGUUGGAGGAGAAUAGAAAUGGGAUAUCAUUGUCUAUUAUAUUAUCACAAGCACUUCAAAAUAAUGACCACGCGUUGUUGGAAACAGUAUUGCAAACGCGUGACUCUCAGUCUAUCCAAAAUACCAUCGGCAGGUUAAACCCGUACUCUUCGGUGAUUUUAUUGGACAGAUUGAGUGAGAGGAUUCAGCGUCAGUCAUCGAGGUUCAAUCAGUUGAAUUACUGGCUUAAGUGGAUCUUGGUUAUCCAUGGCUCCGUGAUUGCUAGUUUGCCAAAUUUGAAUCAGAAGUUGUAUUCUUUGCACUCUGUUUUGGCAAAGAAAGCAGAUACCUUGCCACGUCUUCUUGAGUUACAGGGAAGAUUAAACUUGUUAUAUGAUCAAUCAUCGUUAAAACAAGAUUUGAGUAAGGAAACAAAAGUGGAGGAAGAUGAAGACGAUGUCGAGUACAUUGAAGAUCUUGACGAUGCUCAAUUCAACGGCAAAAUUGAUGUAGACGAGCUCGGUUCAAGCGAAGAGAGCGAAGCGGAGGAUGAAGUCGAUGACGAUGAUGAUGAGAUCGCAUCAAUUGACGAGUUGGAAAAUGCAAGCGAUGCUGAAAUUGAGUAG